UACAUGAAGACACCCGAGCAUCGACACAUCUCCACUUGCAGCAGCUGUUUUAACAGACUUUGCUCCAGAACCCAACCAGCCACUCAACAGAUCAAGAUGAAGCUCUGCGUCCUGCUCGCACUUGGAACCCUGACUGUGCUCGUUCACGGAAUGCCGCCAAUCAACAGAGAUUUCAACACACACUGUCGGUGCCUCCAGUUUGAGUCGAGGAUGAUCCCCCCGCAAAGCCUGAAAAGCAUCAAGCUGGUCCCAGAGGGCCCCCACUGCACCGAAACCGAAGUCAUAGCCAGCCUGACGAGCGGGGCGGACGUCUGUCUCAACCCCGAGUCCCCCUGGGUGAAGAAGCUGGUCCAGUUUGUCCUGGAGAAGCAGCUGCAGAAGAAGAAAGCUGCUGCUGCUGAGAAACGGGCCUGAUGGACCCAAACGGACCUGCAAACAUAAGCAGGAGAUCUGACACCAUGAGCCACUUUAUAUCCAAACGCACUGAUGUGUAACUAACUUCCUGUUAUUUUAACUUUCAUGUCUGUUCAGACUGUACUUCUACUGUUUUUCUAGUGAUCAUUUCUUACACUUUGCUUGAUCAGUUGUGUUUUUACGGGGUCUGUGCAAAAUAACGUGGCAGAAAAAGAUGAGUGAAUGUAAAAUAAAAGUGUUUAAAACUCUGAUUUACUAAAACAUGCAUGUGUAUAUAUCAUAAAGCAAGCAUGUAGCUUUGUUAUAUGUAACACGGUGGGGUUUUAAUUAUUGCUAAAACAUUUUAUUCUUCUUUCAUACAGUUUUAUAAAAAUAAAACACAUUGGGAGUUGUUUAGAGGGAAAAAGAUUAAAUGUAGCAUGAAGAUUUUAAUAAAGUUUACAUAAAUGUUAAAUAUGUGAUUUAGUGCCUGACUUCUUUGGAUGUAGAUGGCGUUGAGUUAAAGCUUCUACACCUGUGGUAAGAAUGUUUGAUCUGAUGUGUUUGCACGAGUAAUAAAUAUGUGAACAGCA